AUGAAAAGAUUUUUAUUUUUUCACACCGAAUCAGCUCACGUAAUCUACUUCAAAGACUACAACACAGAAACUGCAGAUGAGCAUAGGCUGGCUUUUGAAAGCUAUUCACUAUUAAUCACGACUGAUUUUGAGUUGCGAUCUAUUGAAUCUGAAGAGCUUUUCUGCUUCGCAAAGGCGAGAGGCAAGCCUCUCGCUAUCACAAUAGUUUUCGGAAAAGGCACAACUACUAAAGAAGAAGGCUGCGGACUCGCAGAGUCCAUGAUUCAGCUAUUUGUGCAGCAAUUUGGACAUAGGCUUAAUGAAAAGCUGCCUAUAAGCUCAUUCAGAACUUUUCAAACCACAUUAAAGCCGCUUCUUGAUUCUUAUUUAGAAUCUGAAAUGAAGAAAUUUUCUGAAGCGACUGGUAAUAUCCCUUUUUUGCAUUUGACAAUGCUGCAUUCUGUAAUUGCUCAUCAAAGGGCUAGUAAAAAUAAAAGAGUGGAAAGUGUGUCAAUAUAGCGUUUUCAGGCUAUCUGAGUCCCUUCGUCCCAAUGUUUCCUGAGAUAAUUAGGGUUUGGUUUAAUAAUAAAAAGUUGGUAAAACCAACUCUUCAGUUGAAAAUUUAUCUGAUAAUGCAGAUUUGCCAAUUGAAGGGUUGGUUUCAACAAAAGUUGGUAAAACCAACCCCCAAUCUACAUUGGGACGAAGGGAGUCAGAAAACGUGGAGAUUGUAUAACUUCAGCAGCAAGUUCUUUAAAUACAGAUUUAUCAGCAAUAGAGAAAGCCCCAAGAAUUUUAGUCAGCCAAACCUUGAAGAGAAAAUAUCCGUUUGAUGAAUCUAAACUAAAUAGACUGAGUACACUAGGAAAUAAAUAAAGCAAUUUAUAAUUUGUAGGGGAAAAACAGGAUUUUAUGAUUUUUUUAUUAUGUAAAAUUAAUCAGAAAAAAUAUAAGCAGCAAACGUCAUUUGUAUUCCCAAGGAAAAAUUUCCAAAGAAUUGUGCAUAGAGAUGAGCCACCUAAUGAAGAAUUAAUUGAGGCGAUUUCUGUUUUGGCUGCAAUUGCAUCUGAUUUAUUAGGGCUUGAAAAGGAUUCAUUACAAAGCAUAUGACUUCCAAUGAAUAAAACAAAUAUUUUAGCUUUGAGAUUCCAGGAGAUGUUACUAUUACUAGCAGACCCUAACCAAGUGCCUAGAAAUUCUAUGAUGCAAGGGUUGCAUGACUGGGCGAGAUUACUUGUAUAA